CUGGUCCUCCAACCAAUCAGCGCGGGCUUUGUGUGAAUGAAGAUUAAGCUUCGCAUAGACAGAAACUUCCUCCUGUGUCCAACAUCUCACAGAAAGAGUACAUCUGGCAACUCGAGUCCAAGAUCGCUGCCUAAAUAAAGUUCUUCCUCACAUUCCCCCUGUAUCUUUCACCAGUAAAUAUACUUCUAUGAAGAUUUUCAAGUCUUGGACAGGAAUCGGUGAGCUUGCGUCUUUUGAUGAGCAUGAAUCGGCACCAGGAGAAUUGGGAGGGCAUACAUUAGGUGCAGCAGGGUGAUAAUGGAGGGAGAGUGUGUGGGAUGGAGAUUUACAGCUUUUGGGGAAUGAGAAAGGAAAGAAUGCUCCAUACAACUAGAAUUGUUCUUUCUGAAUUUCUGUCCUGUACUGACAGUGAUGAAUUUUGUAAACUCCUUCUACAGUAUAUCAGAAGAGGAGGAUUUGCAGACAGAAUCUCAAUGUAAACAUCACAUCAAGAUCUGAUAGAGCAACCCAUUUCAUCAGGACCUGAAUAUCACCAGCCUUUGAACCUAGAAAGAGAAAUGUUUGUCUUUUCUGUCUGCCUCAAUCAGUUUUAAACCUCUAUGUGACUGGAAAAGCACCGAGACACACACACCCGAGUGAGAGUGUUCCAGUGCACUGACUCUGGAAAGAGCUUUCACCAGCUACACAGACUGAAAAAACAUCACACCAUUCACAGUGAGGAGAGCCAUUCUACAUGUUCUGUGCGUGGAUGAGGCUUUAACUGACCGUUGGACCUGGAGAGACACAAAGACACCUGCACCAUGGAGAAACCAUGGAAAUGUGGGGACUGUGGGAAAGGAUUCAGACGCCCAUCUCAGCUGGAAAUCCAUAGACGCAGUCACACCGGGGAGAGGCCGUUCACCUGCUGUGUGUGUGGAAAGGGUUUCAGUCAUUUAUCCAACAUAAUGUCACACAAACUAGUUCACAGCGGUGAGAGACCGUUCACCUGCUCUGAGUGUGGGAAGGGAUUCAGAUCCCCAUCUAAGCUAAAGAUUCACCGACGCACUCACACCGGGGAGAAGCCAUUCACCUGCUCUGAGUGUGGGAAGGGAUUCACUCAGUCAUCAAACCUGCAGACACACCAAAGAGUUCACACUGGGGAGAGACCAUUCACCUGCUCUGCGUGUGGGAAGGCAUUCAGUGAUUCAUCUGGCCUGCGGACACAUCAGCGAGUUCAUACCGGGGAGAGGCUAUUCACCUGCUCUGAGCGUGGGAAGGGAUUCAGAGAUUCAUCUACUCUGCUGACUCACCAGCGAGUUCACACAGGGGAAAGGCCGUUCAUCUGUCCUGUGUGUGGGAAGGGCUUCACUCAGUCAAGCAACCUCCUGAGACACCAGCGAGUUCACAAGUGAUUCGGGGGGGUUGGAUUCUGCUGUAAUUGCUGCUGUUAAUCACAUCCAGGACUGAACCAUGUUCAUUCUGACACUUGGUGAAGUGGGAGGGUUGAAGGGUUUCUUUCUGCUGGACUGGUCGGUCUCACGACUUUGCUUCCAGUGGGCUGAUGCUCUUUGAGCCUGGGAGUGCACAUUUCCACUGAAAUAAUCCAGAAAAGCUGAGGAAGUACAUUUAUUUUAACCUAGAUAGUAAAUAAUGCUUUUCUUA